AUGGCUGGUACCGUGGAACGUACCCUUGAGGUUGAGGCGUGUCUUCACGAUGAUGCCACUAGCCAACCAAUCUCUGGUUCAAAUCCCUCCACACGGGUAGCCGUCCUCAGGCAACACCAAUAUCAAUCUAGUGUGACAUACCAUGAGCUGGAUGGCAACACAUUGAUCCCAGACGUCUUGGGGUAUUCCUAUCUUCGAGAUCUUGCAGACGAAGGGAAGAAGCAAUCCCCUGGCAAACAGUACGCCCGAGUGAUUCAAGCCUACUCAAAGAUUCACGAUCUGCUAUCUCCACCUAGAGCAUCAAAAACAGAGGCUCGAGAGAGCAAAGGCUCCCCUGUUCUCUUUCACGAAAAGAAGUGUGCUUUGAUAGAGCGACUGGAGCCACCUCCAAACUCCAAGGCGGAUGUAGUGAACACUACGUUCGCCCAAAUCAAAGUGCAGACACCAACCGGCCCUCCUGUGGACCAAUUUGUCAACUGCCGCUCAUCGAAUAUCAAAGCAAAUGACUUGAAGGACUCCGCGAAUGGCCUUUCUCGUCCCAUCACGAUCAGCACAGGCAUAUGCCUGUUCUCGUCUCAGCUCCUGGGAUUCAUUCCCACCAAAGGACUAUCCACUCCGGACGGCACUGCAGAGACAGCCAUUCCGCCAUUGCCUUACAGUCAGGUUUCGACUUUCUACGAACUUGAAACAUGCACGCGGAUGGCAAUGACUAUUGCAGGCCUGGCCGUCACUGCUUGCACAGGGGGCACAGCUGGUUCCCGCCCAAUUGUCGUCAGACUAGAUGUUCCUCGUCUGCAGUAUUACAGCUACCCAUUGGAGCUUCUUCAAGCAGGACUUGUGAGCUGGGAGUACGUACGAGAGUGGUUCAGUCUGGUUGAUCGCCGGCAUCGGCAGGUCGCAACUUUGAUGAAAGACACCAUUACUCAGGAAGUACGUCGACGGGGCGGUGAUGUUCAGGUAGAAGUUACCAACGGCACUACCGCUGUGGUUCAGUUUUUGCGUCUUUGCAUCCUCGACCGAAGGGAAUUACCGACUGUGGAUGACAUGCUGUUUGUGCUUGAGUGGAUCGGUCCCUAUCAGGCGGCAUGGCGAGAAUUUUUGGAUAUUGUUGGCGAGAGUCAAAGGCCGAAGGAUCUUCGCAGUCUUUCAAUAAUGGCCUAUGUCUUUGAGGUGAUGUAUCCGGCAUUGAAUCAGACAAGUACGAAAACCGGGCAUGUGAACGACGAGGGGACUGCUCGCCCUCUGCUGAUUCAGGUCGAUGAUAUCGCCGAAUGGAGGAUCUUUGACCGCGCAGAAAAGCUCCUCAAGCGCUUCAAAGAGCGACAGCAUGACCUUGAUCCCCUCCUGGUUGGCGUGUUUCCCUCACCACGAAUCUUUACUAGUGAGGAUCAAGGGCGAUCUACCCUGUUUCUUCAUGACCCUGGUCUCAAGAUUCAGCAACCUUGCUCUCCCUCUAGCGAUAGCAAAGAGGGCUCAGGUGUUGUGAGUCCAUUGGAUAUCAUUGGCGAGAUCUAUGGGGGAGAAGUCCAGGACACACUUGUGCAACUGUUAAUGAAGGGCGGUUUAUCUACACCAGAUGAGCACGAAUUAGCUUGA